AUGGCUUCCCGGAUUCGCGAUUCUGCCGGGGGCUCACUUUACGAGGUGUUUUGUGUGGUCUCACCGGGUAAUCAGCAAACAGAAGGUCACAUUGUAAAGAAAUAUCCAGAAGCAUAUGAUAAUGAAGAGAAACUAAAAAAUAUUCCCAAUUUUGCCUUCCCGUGUCCAUUAGAGAAUUCAUAUGUCCAACAUUAUUCAUUUGUGUUGACAUCGGCGGAUAGGAAAUUUACUUUUGGCUUCUGCCGAUACGACCCAAAAUCAAAUACAACUUUGCUCCUGUUAUCACAUUUGCCUUGGCAUGAUAUAUUCUACAAACUACUGAAUAGCAUAGCCUCCCUGAUAAGUAAAGGAGAUCACCGUGAAUUACGGAUCUUCCUGGAAGCCUCCAGAUUAAAACCACCUUCUCCUGGACAGACGCUAAACAUCAGUUAUAAUGGUGGUCGUAAUACAUUUACAUGUCAGAGGCCAACUAGUAAUUUGGCAACUAUACCAGAUAAUGUCAAUCUUACGGAAUACUUCAGCGCCCUGGAUUCGAAGUGCAUGAUUGGCCUGUGGGCAGCAAUGCUUCAUGAACGCAGAAUAGCCUUGGUCGCCUCGAAGCCGUCGCGCCUAUCUGCCUGUGUUCAAGCAGCCAAUGCAUUGCUCUUUCCGAUGUCAUGGCAACACAUUUUCAUACCGAUCUUACCUAAACACUUGGUGGAUUACUUAUUAGCACCCAUGCCAUUUCUUAUUGGUGUGCCCAGAAGCGUUUUAGAGGCAGUAAGAAUGUCUGACUUAGGCGAAGUCGUUAUAUUGGACAUCGAUUCCAACGAACUCAAGACACCAUUUAAAGACCAAGAAAGUUUACCCAGGGAUUUGGUCGCCAAUUUGAAAGAAACCUUGGAUACCGAUAACGCUUUAGGCGACGUUGUGGCCAGGUCUUUUCUCCGGACAUUAGUUGGUAUGUUCGGCGGCUACAGGGAAGCGAUGUCGAUUGAAAAUGGACAACGGAUCAAAUUUAAUGCCGAUCUAUUUGUCAAUACCAGGAAGGCCAUGAAGCCAUUCCUGGGCAAAAUGCUAGAAUCCCAGAUCUUCCAGCAGUUCAUAGAUGAGAGGCUGGACCUCCUCAAUUCGGGAAGGGGGAUUCAUGAUGAGUUCGAAGUGGAAUGCAACAUCUACAGUGCUGGUGAGGGCAGCGCACAAAACUUUAAGACCCAAUAUAGAAACUGGAUAAAGAAUAUGAAGAAGGAGGGAGGAGCCUUCUUCAAAAACGUGAAAGAUAAGGCCAACCCCGCGGUACGAACGGCUGUAAAAACGAUGCGCCAAGGCGGGAAAAAUGUCCGCUCCGCUGUGAGAGGCUUGAACAAAGCGAAGAAUGAGAUGACCUCCUCCCAUCUAGGAACAGGCGAAAGCAGUUCCACUUUGUCGGCGUCACCUAGAAGUUGUCGGCCAACCCCACCGAACCAUAUCAGAACUAGGCCCUUCUCCGGUGACCCUAUAGAUGUAGCAGACGAAGUGAACUGUCACCCUCAAGGCAGCAUCAGCAACUCUAACAGCUCUCACAGCCUGUCCAAUGAUAAUGUUCCACUAUCACAAUUAUUACCGCCCCGUAUACGGGCUCGUCCCCCGACCCCCGAGCGUUAUCCCAUUGCAAGGACGAUGAGGCUGGUUGACACGUCUGACGCGCCGAUGCCUCCACCGCGCUCAGGCCCCUCUCGCCCAGCAGGCGGUAUUGUUAGAACGAUCACGAGAAGCGAACAGACGCAACCAUCCGCCUUUCGCACCAGCACCAUUCGCCUCGGGGACAACGACGAGGCUGUCGUGAACCUGAGCUUACCGCGUCCCGUACAGAAUCAUCGGGCCGAACCCCAAUCCAAUGCCCCGAGGUUGCGAACAGUGAUGGAGUCGUGCUUCUCGGGUGUGGAUCUCAUAAAGCUGGACGUAUCGCCGAGCGCUGUGUCCCUAGAAGAUUUCGAUCCACUAAAACAUCGGGGCAAAAAUGAGAAAAUCGACGAGCACUUGCACUCGUCUACCGACAGCGCUCUUUUACACGAAUACGGUUUAGACUUCAGCCAGUUUAGUUUUAAUAAUUUCUCAAGUACUUCUAGUGCGGACCAAGAGGCAAGCUCGGGUGUACCCAAAGGUUGGACUACGUUCAACUAA